CCAGGAUUCCCGAUCAGAUCUGAUGGUCCACAAAGGGAGGGGUGGAUCUGGCAGAGCCUGGACCAUGCAAUAAAGAGGAGCAAUAAUAAAACGGCAGUGGGUGUUUACAGAGAGGGCACCCAGGGCACCCCAAAGCAUCACCCAUGGAUUUAAAGGGCACCCUGGCAACAGUUCUGCAUUGGAAGAUGCUCUGUGCUGCAGCUCCUCUAUAACAGGGGGCAUGUAAUCUUCUGCUACCCCGGGGGGAGGGUCUAUUUAUUUAUUUAUUGUGUGGCUGCUCUACACAUCCAGAAGAUAUUAUAAAAUAUUUUGUCUUGAUCUGGUGCAAAGAUGAAGAAGCAAUUUAAUCGGAUGAGGCAGCUGGCCAAUCAGACCGUGGGAAGGGCGGAGAAGACUGAGGUUCUGAGUGACGAUCUCUUGCAGGUGGAAAAGCGUUUGGAGCUGGUGAAGCAGGUCACCCACAGCACUCAUAAGAAGCUGACGGCCUGUCUGCAGGGACAGCAGGGGACGGACACCGACAAGCGAUCGAAAAAACUACCGUUAAUAACGCUGGCUCAAUGUCUGAUGGAGGGGUCCGCGGUUCUGGGAGAUGAUUCUCUUCUUGGGAAGAUGCUGAAGUUGUGCGGAGAAGCCGAAGACAAACUUGCGCAGGAGCUGGUCCACUUUGAGCAGGAGGUGGAGAGGGAUGUGGUUGACCCCCUGUUUGUGUUGGCAGAGGUGGAGAUUCCAAAUAUCCAAAAGCAGAGGAAACACUUAGCCAAAUUAGUCCUGGAUAUGGAUUCAUCUAGAGCAAGGUGGCAGCAGUCUGCCAAGUCCUCUGGCAUCUCCAGUAACCUGCAGCCCUCGGGGGCCAAGGCUGAUGCACUCAGGGAAGAAAUGGAGGAGGCAGCAAACCGUGUAGAGAUCUGUAGGGACCAGCUGUCGGCAGACAUGUACAAUUUUGUGGCCAAAGAAAUAGACUAUGCACACUACUUUCAGACGCUAAUAGAAGUUCAGGCCGAAUACCACAGGAAGUCUCUCGCUUUACUGCAGGCUGUGCUGCCACAGAUCAAGGCUCAGCAAGAGGCCUGGAUUGAAAAGCCAUCCUUCGGAAAGCCCCUGGAGGAGCACUUAGCAGUCAGCGGCCGGGAGAUCGCCUUCCCUAUCGAGGCGUGCGUCACCAUGCUGCUGGAAUGCGGGAUGCAAGAGGAGGGCCUCUUCCGAGUGGCUCCUUCUGCCUCGAAGCUGAAGAAGCUGAAAGCCGCACUGGAUUGCUGCGUCGUGGAUGUGGCUGAAUAUUCCGCAGACCCCCAUGCGAUUGCAGGGGCGUUAAAGUCUUAUCUCCGAGAGCUUCCUGAGCCACUGAUGACGUUUGAACUCUAUGAUGAAUGGAUCCAGGCUUCCAAUAUCCAAGACCAGGACAAGAGGUUGCAAGGUUUGUGGAACGCGUGCGAGAAGCUUCCGGAAGCCAACUAUAAUAACUUCAAGUACGUUAUAAAAUUUCUCGCCAAGUUAACAGAGUAUCAAGAUUCAAACAAGAUGACUCCCAGUAACAUGGCCAUUGUGCUGGGACCCAAUCUGCUCUGGCCGCAGGCUGAAGGGAAUAUCACGGAGAUGAUGACCACGGUAUCCCUCCAGAUCGUGGGAAUUAUUGAGCCCAUAAUUCAGAAUGCAGACUGGUUCUUCCCGGGAGACAUCGAGUUUAACGUGACGGGUAACUACGGGAGUCCUGUGCACACCAACCAUAAUGCAAACUACAGCUCCAUCCCUUCCCCGGACAUGGAGCACUCGGACCGCAAGCAGCACGACCAAACCAGGAGACCGCUGAGCGUGGCCACAGACAACAUGAUGCUGGAGUUUUACAAGAAGGAUGGCCUUAGGAAAAUUCAAAGCAUGGGCGUGAGGGUCAUGGACACUUCUUGGGUGGCCCGCCGCGGCUCUUCCUUAGUCCGAAAAGGCCCCUCUACCCCGCCCGCCAUGCAGCCCCCCGCUCCUCCUGGGCCCGAUACCGCAGCUACACCUCAGUCACCAAAUCCAGACCUGUCUGUAGACACCCCCUCCCCUACUCCUCCCAGUAGCGGCUCCCAGCCAGGUCCCGAGAGGACAAGCGGAGAUGAGAUUUCGCCCCAGUGGUCGGAUUCCUGUUACAGCUAUCCUUCCCCUGAAGAAGACAGACCCCUCUCGUACCCAUGCUCACAGCACCCUACCCUUCAUCCUCACCCUCCAAAAGCUCCGCCAUCUUCGAGGCCUGAUGCUUAUCGGUGGACUGGGUACAGCCAAACUUUGCCACCUUCUCCACCUAAGCUUGACAUAAACUCAAACCCCAAACCUUGCUUCUUACACCUUACUAAGCAGAGCUCUCUCACUGAACCCCACUCUUCCGAGCCUAAUGUCUCCGCUUUGUACAUCAAAACCCCACUUGUCCUAACCAAACCUGACCCACCUAGUACGACUAACCUUCCCACAAUGUCAGCCUCACCCCCAUGGCUCAGCUGUUCCUGUGCUCGAGACAAGGGAACCAAGCUGACUAGCACGUUGAAAGGCAAAGAACUUUCGCCUGUUUCUGGACCAAAGGGGAGUCCAAGUGCUUGUCACAUUGUGUCCGCCGGUGGCAUGGGUCUCGCCCAACUCUCAACGGAACAAAGUCCUCAUUCUCUUAGGAAAGUCUCCAAGAAGCUAGCGCCAGUCCCUCCCAAGAUUACAUACAACCAGACAGGCACGGCAUCCGACCAAUCCACGGGUCAGCCUUCUCCCGUCAGCCUCUCCCCAACGCCACCUACCACCCCUUCGCCGUAUGGACUUAGUUACCAAGGUUCCUUGGCUAUUACCCCCAGUCUGUCCUCCCCCCCUCCACUGACCAGCACUUUAACCAAAUCCCGUCCCACCCCAAAACCAAGACAGAGACCCUCGCUUCCUCCUCCUCAGCCUCCCACAUCGAGUCAGUCUGCUUCCAGUCCCCAGUCUACCGAGAACAGCAUCUUAGAUGGCCUCUCUCCUGGGGAAAGCAUGUCUACAGGUAUCAUCCAUUUUGACAUCCCGUCUAUUCUCAUUGAGAUCGAUACCGCCUUGAAGCGAGAUGCCAUGAAGCAGAGGCUGUCUGCGGAGGGCAAAACGGAGUCGGACGAGGACUCGGAGAGCACGGCCCUUUGACGUUAGUGGAAUUACUCCCCAUCCCUGCCAACCACACGCGACGAGCCGCCAAACCCGUGCCAAGCUCUCCGUCUGACCCUUCGUCGUGCGUCUCACCUGGGGUGCCAUUAGCAAGGAUUGUAAGGAGGGUGUCUUCUUCUGAACCCAAAGGCUUCAGACUAAGGUCCCUCCAGGAGAAUUCUGUGAAGUUGGAGAAAAAAAGGGAACAAAUAUUUUGUAUUUUGUGAUUUUAACCCAUUUCCUCCCAGUAUGGCUGGUAAUGGACAAGAAACAAAAAAAAAUGUUUCAGCUGUAUAUUGAGGCGAGCUUCCACCUUGCUGCUACCCGAGCUGCCCGCUAUCAUGUGUUUUACUGGUGCGCGAACGUCCUCCUUUAAAUGCUGCGCGGUAUAGUGGUGAGAGGCAUCUCAGUCCGUUCAUUGCCAGUUGCCACAGGGGGUUAUUCAGCGUCGGAUAGGGUGGCCAGCCUGUGAGGACUACAACUCUCAAUAUCCACAUUUACGGAGGGUAAAAAGCUGAGAAUUCCAGAAAUGUUUCUUCUUCAACCAACCGCAAAUAAUAUGUAUGUGAGUGAACCUGUCAGGGGACGCUCGUGGAGGUUUGCGUGGUGCCCCGCCAUGCUUUCUACCCCUUCUGGUCAUUAAUAUAUUGACCCUAUUUUUGAUUUAAGCCGGACCCCGGUAUGUGGGGUGAGAUUCCCUAUCUUUCUUUUUUUUUUUGCUGCCCACCCUAGCUGUAUAUAGACAAGGCGAUGAUUUUCCAAAUGCAGAUUCAAGUUUUAUUUUUUUAAUUUAUAAAUAUAUUUGUAUUUAUGCCUCCGGAAACCUUUUCAGUGUUAGAGAAUGAAUUCUAUAUAUUUUCUCCGUGUAAUUCUUUUGGUGCUUAUGGUUAUAAACUGUAUUGUUUUGUGUUCUUGAUCGCAAAACCGAGAAAAAAGAAGGCCUAAGAAUUUAUCGUUUUGUUUUCGGUAUUAAACCACAGUUGAGUCCAAAUGUACGUUUAACAUAAAAAAGAA